AUGGCUGCGCUGCCUGCCUGGAACCUGCUCAAAGGCCAGACCGCCGCCGUCACCGGUGGCACCACUGGAAUCGGUCGCGCGAUCGUUCUGGCAUACAUUACUCAAGGAUGUAAUGUCGCCGUAAACCACCUGGGCCUUGCCAAGGAUGAAGGCCUUCGGCACAGCCUGUUGGAGGAGGUCAAGGCGAUCGAGAACAAGGGCAUCAAGGCGGGCAAAAUCCUGGAGCUCUCCGGCGACGUGACCAAACCGGAGACAAGCACCCGUUUAAUCCAGGAGGCUGUGUCGCAAUGGGGGAAGUUGGACAUUUUUGUCGCCAAUGCGGGCGUAUUCAAACCGGCGGAGCUCUUGAAGAUCGAACAGUCUCUUCUGGACCACACCGUCGACGUCAACGUCAAGGGCACUUUCUACUCAUGCCAAGCCGCUGCUCGCCAGAUGGUGAAACAAGGACACGGUGGUUCAAUCAUCGGUGUUUCCUCCGUUAGCGCUCUGCUAGGUGGUGGGUUACAAACUCACUACACUCCGACCAAGGCUGCCAUUCUCUCCAUGAUGCAGUCCAUGGCCAUCGCUCUUGGCAAAGAUAAGAUUCGGUGCAAUGCCUUGAUGCCCGGCACCAUUGGAACCUCGCUAGCCGCCCACGAUAUGGCGAACCCUGCCAAGAUGGCCGCCCUUGAGGAGCGUAUUCCUCUUGGUCGAAUUGGAGAUGCGAAUGAUAUGGCAGGUCCGGCGGUUUUUUUGGCUUGUGAAGAGAUGAGUCGUUAUGUGAACGCAACGGGGUUGCUGGCAGAUGGUGGAAUGUACAGUAAAUUGCAGUAA